AUUUACAUUCAUUUAUUAACAUAAAUAAGUAAAAUUAAUGUUUCCAUAAGCGUAUACAGUUUAUAUAAUUAGUAUUCAACGAUUAUAGAUAAGAAUAUAUAACGGUUUUUCGAUUAGUAUACAGACACUGAGGACACGACAGAUGUUCUUCGAAUGUUUGGCGCUCAAUCUUCAUUUUAACAAUUAUGUGAUUAUUAAUGAUGUUUGAAGUUUAUAAUUUCGUUUUCAUUUAAAUAUGCAGAAUAAAGUGACGGAAAGACGAUGGCCGUAAACGAGCCUGGUUCUGCUAGUGGUGGUGGUGUCACUGAUUUACUCAGUGGAUGGUCUUUUGUUGUACAUCGACCAAGUGAAGAUCCUGAACCAUCCAGUUUACCCAGUACAGUCGAUAUAACGGCGUUUAGUUCGGGACCAAGUGAACAUCAGGAGCCGCCUACAAACGAUUGUCAACCUUGUUCAGACUCUGAUUCAGAUUCAGAUACGGAUAAUUCGGGAUCAGAAGGGUCAGGAUCAUGCAGUGGCACGUCAUCAGACAGCGAAAGCUCGAGUUCCAGUCAAUGUUCGUCUCCGGAGAGCUCACCAUCGUUCAAUUUGACUAGCAUGCAAACUGGUGGAUUAAAAUUGAAAAUUGCUGUUAGAAAAUCACCGGAUCGAAUUGAAACUAAUGAUGUUGAACGACCAGUAGAAUCUACGACGAAUAUUAAUGCAGACGAAAGAGUAAGCACCACUGAUAGAUCAUCCGGAUCAAAUAGUGCAUGUACAGACAGUGAUUCGGAUACAGAAUCUCAAUCAACUACCACAAAAAGUGAUGUGUCUGAACGAAAAGAAACAACUCCAAAUAGUACUCGAAAAUCUCGUGAUUUAAAUAAAUCUGCUACAAAAAACAAUAAAAUUAAUAACAAUGAUGGUAAAACUAAUAAAAAUGAUGCACGACCAUCACGGAAAACUUCUAAGCCGUUGGCAAAACGUCGUCGAGUUCGUGUUCAUUCACAAGGACGGAGUAAAGGUGGAGGCGAAUCAUCGUCCGAUGAGAGUGAUCAUAAAGAUGGUGAAGAAUCUGAAUCUGACGCAAACAGUGCUAUGUUGGCAGCUUCAUGUAGUUUACAAGAAAUACGCCAAGAAGAUUUGGCGGCUAUUUUACCUGAUCAACAAGAAUGUGAUGCUUUUGGUGGCUUUGAGUGUGAGUCUCGAACUGGAAAAGGAACAUUAAUUAAUGAAACAGAUAAUUCCGAUUCAGAUAUGGAAUUAUCCCCACAAUAUGUGAAUGCAGCUAUUCAACGAGCUACAGAAAUCGCAAGUGAUACAGAAACUUGUCCAUCAACACAACCAAUGCUUUAUGCAAAUUCAUUGUUACAACAAUUUGAAGCACAGACACAAAUGUUGAGUACACCAACUCAAAAUCCACAGCUAAAAGAGAUUGGUAGUUCAUGUCCAAUUGUCCCACCUUCUUCUAAAGAGGACAAAACAGAUUCCUCAUCAACAGUUAUCGAUUACAAUACAAAACGAAAACGUGGUCGACCGCGCAAACUCAUUAAACAAGAAACAACAGAAACAAUUAUUUCAAAACCUACAAAUACAUCACAAGAACGAAAACCAAGUACAAAAAUAAUUACAGAAACAGAAACGGGAUCAACACAUUCCAAUGUUCAGGAAUAUACAACCGAACCGAAUGUAUCACCCGAUUCUGGUAUUCAAGAAAGUCCAGAACAUGCGUCUAGUCCACCUCCAAGUCCAAUACCUAGUAAAUCAAUUAAAGUUGAAGAAUCAAAAACGGAAACUAAAACGAAAGAACAAAAAACAGUUGAAAAACCGAAAGUACCAAUUAGUAGGCAUAGUUUUGAUCGAAUGAUUUAUGCAAAUGCAGAUCGAGUUUUAUAUCCUCCAAGACGAAAAGUUGGACGACCUCCAACAAAAUCAGUAGCUAGACGUCCUGGACGACCACCUAAAAUAAAAACAAAACAAGCUACACCCGAAACGGAAAAUAUUCAACCGAAUAUACCGAAUAAAACAAUCUCAAAAGAUACAAAAUCUCAUCUUAAAUUAGACAAAGCUCAAAAAAAUUGUAAAGAUAAUGGUAAAAUAAAAAAUAGGAAUAAAUUAUCUGAGAAAGAUCUAUUAAAAUUAGAUAGUCUUAGUAUAGGGAAAAUAAUUAGUGAUAAGUCAAAAGAUAAGGAUGAAAGCUGUGAUAAUAAAAUGAAAAAACGACUUGAGCUCUCUUCAAACAUUGUUCCAACGAUGAAUAACAACAAAGUUGUGUUGGGACGUAAAAAAAUGAAUAAUUUUAUUAAAUCCGUUACAUAUCCAAUUCAUAGCAAACAUCGACAUCAUCACAAACACCAUAAGAAUCGACAUCAUCGAAUACUUGUUCAACAUCGUGCUGAGAAAAAAACCAGCAUUGAUCCAAAAAUUGUUAAUGAAAUCGACAAAUUGGUCACGGAUUUCAUAAAAUAUUGUAAUAUUGGCUCCAAUCGUUUAUUCAAUAACAAAGUACCUGAGAUAUUUAAAUGUGUGAAGCGUGUAUCAAAAAAACGUAAGGGUUCCGAUAAUGUGGAUGGACGUAAGAAGAAAAAACAGUGUAAUGUUAAUAACGUGACUAGUGGAUCAGAGGGCAAAGAUCCAAAUUCUAAUGAACAACGAUUACCAUUGAAAAAACGACAUUAUCAUGUUUCUUCAAAUGGUCCAGAAAAUAUUUCGACAAGUUCGGUUGAUUCGUUUAAAGCUGCUGAUUCAUCCGAUGUUGACUUAUUAUCAACAAAACAAAUUAAAUCCGAUCCUAGUGAACCUGUAACGCCAACUAUUCCCAAAAAUUUGAGUUCAGUUUUACCGAAUUCUAAUACUUCAUCAAUUGUUCCAAAAGCUACGAAUAAUUGUCCUGAAGUUGUUGUAAAGUCUGAACAAGAUAUUCAUAUUCAGGAAGCUAUUGAAGCGUGUAUACAUAAAUAUACAACUCCAACAUCGUCUUCAGGGACAGCUAGUAGUAACGAUGUUGAACAAGAUACAAAUAAAACAGAUCCUGUAAAUUUAUCAGGACAUUUAAAGGGAAUAACAGCGACAACGCCGAAAAAACGGCAUAAACUUGAAGCAGAACCAUUAUCCACUACAAUUGAAAAAGAAAAUAAUGAAACAAAAACAGUAAAAAAUUUAAAUAUUUCAUUGGAAAAUAUCAAACAAGAAAAUUUGAACAAUAAUACUGAAAUGUUACCUGAAAAAGAUUUAAAAAUCCCCUUAGUACAAUGUGACGAGCAUAAUAUUAAAAGUAAGAAAGCAUCAAAAUUAUUGGAGACAGUGGCGCAAAUUAAAACACGAAAAAAGAAUCGUUUAGAAGAUUUAACAUCAAAUCUAGUUUCAAAAAUUACUCCAGCCACUGAGGCUUUAGAUAGUUUAUUAAUUAAUAAUCAACGGAAGAGUGGGAAAAAAAUUGAUGUUAGUACAAAGAAAAAUUCAUCUCCGGUACAUCGAGCGACAGUCAUUAAAUCUCCACCAACUAGAAAAUUAAAAUUAACAAAUACAGAAAAUUUAGCUGAGCUAGAUGCGAAUAUUGUUUCGGAUAAACCCACAGGAAUCUUUUUACCCACUAUUGAUAUCGAAUUACAUAUCCCUGCGUCGACAAUUCGAACCACCAGUGGAGAUCAAAAUACAAACGAAAAUAAACCAGCAGAGAAAUUUGUAGAUGCUCAUAAUCUACGUCAGAAAAAAUGUGAUGAUAGUAAAGUUGUCCAAAAUUUAUCCUCUGACGGUAAAAAGAAAAAGGAUAAAGAAAAGGAUAAAGAUAAAACAGCAAAAAUGGAAGAAAAAGAUAAAGUGAAGGAUAAAAAUGCAAAAGUUGACGUUAAAGAAAAAAUCACAAUAAAAAUUGACGAAAAAACUAAAGUUAAAGAGAAACUUUCACCUAAAAUAGACGAGAAAAAUAAGAUUAAGGAAGCUAAAAUUGAGGAAAAAAAUAAGAUUAAGGAAGCUAAAAUUGAUGAAAGAAAUAAGAUUAAAGAAGCAAAAAUUGAAGAGAAAAAUAAACUUAAAGAGUCUAAAAUGGAUGAAAAAAAUAAAAUUAAGGAGUCUAAACUUGACGAGAAAAAUAAGAUCAAAGAGUCAAAAAUUGAUGAGAAAAAUAAAAUCAAGGACUCAAAAAUUGACGAGAAAAAUAAAAACAAAGACUCGAAAAUUGAUGAAAAGAUUAAAUUAAAAGAAGCAAAAAGUGAGGAAAAAAAUAAAAUCAAGGAAGCAAAAAUUGAUGAGAAAAAUAAAGUUAAGGAGUCAAAAAUUGAUGAGAAAAUUAAAACUAAAGAGAAAAUUGUAGAUGAGAAAAAUGACACACAGAUUGAUGAAAAAGUAAAAGAAAAGUUAUUAGUACCUGUAAUAAAGAAGGAAAGCAAUGAAAUACAAAAAAAACGGACACGUCGAAGAAAAGCUAUUAAUCGUACCGGUUUUCCAACAGUUAAGAAAAAGAAGAAAAAAAUUCUUCCAAUUGUAACGAGUACAGAAGUUGUUAAGUCUGUCUCAGAAAUAAGUGAGAAUGUUUAUGAUCGAAUUCCUAGAAUUGAUGAGAUGGCAUCGAAUUUUUUGGAACGUACUCUUGGAAAACAAAAAACUGAAAUUAAAAAUGAAAAAGAGUCUAAUGAAACACCAUCAAGUACAAAUGAAGAUAAUAUUCAUCACGUAAUUCCCGAAAAAGAGAUUAUUGAAUCAACUCAAGAAACUACAACAAUUUUAAAUGGUACAGAAUUACGACCGAAACGACAAGCAACACAAAAAGUCGAAUUAAAGAGAAAACGUGAACGUAGCACUGAUUCUGUAUCCGAUAAACGGAAACGAGAGCGAAGUCUUGAUUCCGUUUCAGAUAAAAAUAGUACAAUUAGUAAUCAUAAACGAAGGACGUUAAGGGAUUUAUCACCCGCUAGUAGUAUAGAACCGUUGCCAUCUGAUAAACGUAUUCGACCGGAUGACACGACUAGUGCCUCUGGCGAUGAUAUUAAAAAAUCGAAAAAACCACCGAGAUGGAGAAAGAAAUAUUUAAUUGCUGGUUUAUUCUCCGAUUAUUACAAAGAAGAUGAGUCUUCUAAAUCGGAACAACCAAUUAUAAAUAAUAAAACAAAAUUGGUAUAUCUUCGUGAAGAACAUCCUCAUGGCUUAUUACCACCUCCUUAUCAUUGUGGAAAAUAUUUACGUACUAGAAAACAACAUUUUCAAUUACCCUACGACAUUUGGUGGCAACAUACUCAUUCAAAACUACCUAACAGAGAAGCUGUACCAUCAUGGAAUUAUCGAAAAAUACGAACAAAUGUGUAUUGUGUACGUCCUACAACGGGUGCCUGUGAACCACAACCAUGUAAUUGUAGUGAGAGUUCUGGUUGUGGUGAUGACUGUAUUAAUCGUUUAGUUCUCGCUGAAUGUCCGGCAACACAUCGUUGUAAGAAUCAACGGAUACAAAAACACGAUUGGGCACCUGGAUUGGAUAAAUUUAUGACUGAAGAUAAGGGUUGGGGUGUUCGUACAAAAUUACCUAUUAAAGCUGGUGAAUUUAUACUCGAAUAUGUUGGAGAAGUUGUAUCUGAUCAAGAAUUUAAACAAAGAAUGGCGUCUCGUUACGCAUAUGAUACACAUCAUUAUUGUUUGCAUUUAGAUGGAGGCCUUGUUAUUGAUGGUCAUCGAAUGGGCGGAGAUGGACGAUUCGUAAAUCAUUCAUGCCAACCAAAUUGUGAAAUGCAAAAAUGGUCUGUAAAUGGACAGUUUCGAAUGGCAUUAUUUGCUUUACGGGAUAUUCAUCCUUUCGAAGAACUUACUUAUGAUUAUAACUUUUCAUUAUUUAAUCCCGCCGAAGGGCAGACUUGUAAAUGUAAUAGUGGAAUUUGUCGCGGUGUUAUUGGUGGUAAAUCACAGCGUGUAAAACGCGAAACAAUAGUAAAUGCGCGAAGCAAUACACCUCAAGAAGUUAAGGGAGAGAAUGGAAAUGGAAGUGGGCGUGUUGGACGUCCACGAAAAAAUCAAGCACGACGCACAACAACUGGCUCGAAAGAUUCCGCGUCUGAUAAAACUACAUGUCCAAUCAUAUCGGCAUCAACUGGGGCCGCUGCUAUUUUACCACAAAUGAGACCGUUAACAAAUCAGCAAAAAACAUUUAUCGCCGAACGGCAUUGCUUUUUGUUGAAGAAUAUUGAAAAGGUGAGAAAAAUAAGAGAUCGGUCUGCAAGUUUAGUAUCACGAUCAUCUUCACAAGUCCUAGAAAAUUCGAAUAUAGGAUCAGCAUUUAUAAAUCAUUUAAAUGCAUUGCGUCAACCACGUAACAUAAGAACUCGUCGAUUAGCACAAGCAGAAGGUGAUCCUGAAUUAACUAAAACAGCACGACUUGCAGAAAUAUUUAGAGAAUUAUUAAGUUCAGUUACAAGCGCGAAAGAUGAGAAAAAUGAAUCGCUAAGUGCACCAUUUAUGACGUUACCAUCAAAACGUAAAGUGCCCGAUUAUUAUACAAAAAUUACCGAUCCCAUUGAUUUAUCAAUCAUUGAACAAAAUAUUGACAAUGGAUUAUAUCGUACAGUGGAAUUGUUUGAUAAUGAUAUGAAUAGAUUAAUUGAUAAUGCUGUGAAAUUUUAUCAUCGUACGUCAGAGCUUGGCAUUGCUGCAACACGAUUACGGAAAGUGUAUGGUGAAGCAAAAUUACAAUGUUUGAAUAAACUACAAGAGAUUUUAGGUGAAAAACCAUAUGCAAGUUUUGUUACUACCCAAAAUCCAGGUGAAGAAGAAGAAGAUGUAAUUCGAUGUAUCUGUGGAUUAUAUCGGGACGAAGGACUGAUGAUACAAUGCGAACGUUGUCUUGUUUGGCAGCACUGUGAAUGCGUUAAAGCCGAUGUAAAUGCACCUAGUUAUCAUUGUGAACGAUGUCAACCUCGUGACGUCGAAUAUGAAAUUCCAUUAGAUGAAUACACUGAACAUGGACACAGGUAUUAUUUAUCACUUAUGCGAGGUGACCUUCAAUUGCGUCAAGGGGAUACAGUUUAUGUCCUCCGUGACAUUCCGAUUGAAGGAACCGAUAAAAAACAUACAUACGAAACAAUUGGUGAUAUUGAAUUCACCGAAUUAGAUAUAUUCCGAAUAGAACGGUUAUGGAAGGAUAAAGAGACUGGUAAACGAAUGGCGUAUGGACAUCAUUAUUUGAGACCGCAUGAAACGUAUCAUGAACCUACACGAAAGUUUUUCCCAAAUGAAGUAAUGAGAGUGCCAUUAUAUGAAGCAGUACCCGUUGAAUUAAUUAUGUCUCGAUGUUGGGUACUGGAUAUAAAUACAUAUUGUAAAGGUCGACCAAUUGGUGCACCAGAAGAACAUAUUUAUAUAUGUGAAUAUCGUGUCGAUAAGAGUGCACGAUUAUUUAGUAAAGUAUCAAAUAAAUCACAUUAUCCAAUAUGUACAAAGAGUUAUGCAUUUGAAAAGUUUAAGACACGAUUAAAAGUUAGUCGUACAUAUGCACCACAUGAAGUUGGUAAAGUAAUUGUUAAGCCUAGAGGAAGACGAGCACAAGAUGGAGAAGAACCACCUCCUAGGAAAGUUGAAUCUCGAACAUUAGCAAUACAUGUACCAGUUAUGCGUACACGUGAAGAAAAGAAAACCCGUUUGAAUGGAAUACUUUUAAAAUUAUUAGCAAAAUUGCCAAUCAAACAGCCAUUAGAUGUAUCAUACUUGUUAGAAGCCGGUAGACGCCGUAAAAAAAUACAAUCUUGACGGUCUGUAUGUAAACGAUGUUAAGGAAAAAACUUAGUGUGGCAAUAUAAUGUUUAUGUUUCACCCCC